AUGAGGAGUUCAGGUACAUAUGAGGAUGAGCCAUCUCAGGAAACAACUUCUUCUCCUCCAAAGCAACCGCAGCAGAAAAAGCCAACUAAAUUUAGAGAAAGAAUGCGGAAGUGGUUACAAAGUGGGAAAAAUAAUGGUUACCAGGACAAAAAAGAUGAUCCCAAAAUAUUUGACAGAAUUCUUUAUCAACAAGGAGAUAUGACUGCAUUUAACAAUAAUGAAAAUGGGGCAGGUCAGGAUAUAACAAACAACUUUUUUUUACCAGAUGAAGAUGAGUCGUGCCCAGUGCAAAGUAGUGUUAAGACCUUCCUGACCGGAAAUAAUGACGAUAAUACAGACUUACAGUCUCAAGAUCAUACAAAUCAAAACCAGAAACAGACCACCGAACUUCCAAGAUUACCGUAUCAGCAGAGGAGUCCACAAGAAGUACCAUUGUUGAAGGACCUUUUCAUCACUAACAAAUAUGAUGAUCCUUAUUUAAACUCUUCAACAAAAUUUGGUAACAUAACAUCAACUUUCCCCAGCAGUCUAUCUUUAAGGACUGUUACCUUACAAACUAUAAAAAGAAGAAUCGAUUAUAUUUCAGCCAAAAAGAAAGAGGUCUGGAAAACAGAGGAGAAGUUUUUGAAAGACAUAUUGAUGUGGCUACAAAGCUCAAAUUUUGAAGAUCCUGACACGAUAUCGUUGAUCCAUGAAAUUGAGAAAGUUUUUGAACAAGAUAUACUUUUUGAACAGAAUAUUUCAGAUUGCCUAAGAGACAUUUCAAAUAAUUUCGAAUAUAUUUGCGUGAGAGAAACUCAAUUGAUUAAUGAAGGAAAUAUUUUAAAGAAUGACCUGAAAAAAUACUCAAAAUCAAGAGAGCAUAAAGGCGAAAAACAUGAAGAUACAGAGGUAUUUAGAGAGAAAGUGAUAUCAUCACAAAAAUCGUUUGACGUAGUGAAGCGACACUACAAGCACGCAAUAUCAAUAACAACAAGACAGCUAUUUAUGAACCUCGCUUUUGAAUACUAUGAGAAUUGUUCCGAUAUGAAGGAUGUUUCAAGAAAAUACUUACAAGAAUCCUUGUCAACUUUACAAACCAUAGACACUUUAGGAUUUUCAGAAGAAUUAGAAAGAAUCAGGAAAAGAAGGUUUGACAAAUUUUGGGCCAAAGCAAAUCCAGACCCGACAAAUAAUAUUCAGAAGUUUGUUAAUAUGAGAACAGGUGUAGCCGGAUUCAAUGAUUCGUUGAUGAAUCAUUUGUAUGGUAAACUACGCUUCGGAGUCGCGCCACUUGAGGAAGAACUGCAAAAUCAGCAACCUGAGCUCAUUGGUAUGCAAGAGAAUGUUUGGAACGAAACACUCUCUGAGUAUAAUUCAGUAGAUGGUAAUCCCAUUACUUCAAAUAAGUUCUUAUCUGCUAAAGAAGUUGAGUCAGAUCAGCUAGUAAGAACAUUCAGUCAAAACGACGAAGCAAAGGAUAAUAUUCCGCCAAUUAUAAGUGUUCAACAGGUAUCAACACCUGAAGGAAAGAAAGAAAAUUUAGAAAACAAUGACCCUUUGAUAUUGAGAAGCGCAAAAAGAAAUGUAAAUAUCAAUGCUGCUAGUUUAAGGAACCUUGCCAUCAAAAAAUCUCAAGUUAAACCGGAAUCUGCGAAUGAAGAGAGUAAAAUCUUCGCUGCAGCAUUGAAUGAUGCAAGACAAAAUUUGGACGAAAACGUUUGGAAGAGUCCAAUUUAG